AUGCAGCGGCUUGUUAUUCUUGGCUGCUUAUUUGGCGGAGUGUUCCUUGCUGCACCAGACGCACCAUUUUUCGACAGCCUUCCAGCAGGAAUCGACCCUAAUGCAAAGGUUGGACCACCAGGAACUGACGACAAAGCUCUUGUGAAGGUAGGAGAGGUGGCCGAGUCCAUCCUCGACAAGCUUGGAUUCAGCACCAGAGAUGAAAAGGAUGUGAGACGCGCUCCAGUGCCAAGCUCUUUCUUUGGAAGUGACGAUGUCAAUCAAGUCAUUGAAGAGGCCAAUGCCAACCGUGUCGACUUACAAGGAAUCACAUCUGGACAGAUCCCCGGACUCGCUCCAAUCCCAGUGCCAGGAUUCCCAGGACCACAAGACGCUCCAGUCAUCCCAGGAGUCAACACUAUCCCAGGACUCAGCAACUUCAAUUACCUUGUUGGUCAACUUUUUCCACAAAUGAUCCCACCAGCAAACACCCUUCUCGGAUCCUCGAUCAGCAGAAUUCUUCCAAAGGAUACCGCCAAGAACAUUGCCAAGGAUGUGUUCAGAGCCGUUCACCCAACUGCUGAGAAUGUUGACACCGCUAGAAUGAUGGGAAGAUGGUUCCAGGUCAUCAACUCGCCACAUGUCAUCCGUGAGGCUUGCACCGUGUCACACUUCGGAGCCCUCACCAACAACACCUACUCCGCUUCAUUCACCAUCCUCAAGUUCUACAGAGAAGGAAAUCCAAAUGGAUCUCCAAGAUACGCUCUCGGAUACGGAUUCAAGUCUGGAGAGACCGGACAAUUUGUCCUCCACAACAGUAACUCUGCUGACGCCGAGCCAUUCUGGGUGAUCAAAAUGGGACCACUUAACGAGUACAAGCAAUACGACUACGCUAUUGUCUCCACAUGGGUCAGAUAUCCAGUCUUUGUCAUCGCUCGUGAUCCAGAACGCUUCAGAAAGCUUCACAUGAAGAACGUAUUGGAAUUCUUGCAACAGAACAACUACAUCAACGUGAUGACCAAAGCUUUCAACAUGAUUUCUCCAGUCGACUAUGAAGCUUGUCAAUACACUCCAACGUUCUCUGGAACCGGAAAGUAA